AUGUCCGAGUCAGCCCCAGUGUUCGAUAUCCCCAAGGAAUGCAUAGCCGGGGUCGUGAAAAACGAAGGCCCCAAUUUCCAUAUUGAGGUCGAGAAGGUGCCAGUGCCAGAGAUCGGUCCUCGAGAUGUACUUGUCAAGCUCAAUGCGACCGGUCUUUGUUUGAGCGACGUUCACUACAUGCUCAAUGACUGGGCCGUUCCUUCCAUGUCUUCUUUUGGCGUCAAGUGUGCCGGCCACGAAGGUGCCGGCGUCAUUGUCAAGGUCGGUGAAGAGGUGACCGGCUUCAAGGUCGGUCAGCGUGCCGGCUUCAAGCCUAUCCAAGAUGUGUGCCAUCAAUGCGAGUAUUGCAGGACCGGAAAGGACAAUUAUUGUCUCAAGGGUGUUCUCACUGGACUUCACUGUGACGGAUCGUACAAGCAAUAUGUCGUGUGCCCGGAGAGCUAUACCACGCUGAUACCUGAUGGUGUCUCGGAUUACGUGGCAGGACCGGUCAUGUGUUCGGCGUCCACGAUCUAUACUUCGAUCAAAGAAUCCGGUCUCCGGCCUGGACAGUGGGCCGUCUUCCCCGGCGGAGGUGGUGGUGUCGGUAUUCAGGGUGUUCAACUCGCUUCUGCCAUGGGCAUACGACCGAUCGUGGUAGAUACCGGAGACGAACGCCGUAAAUUGGCCAUGAGCCUGGGCGCUGAACACUUUUUCGACUUCAAGGAAGGUGACCCGGUGAAGCAAGUGCUUGAACUUACCGAAGGUGGUGCACAUGGCGUGUUUGUGACUGCUGUACAAUCGUACCCAAUCGCACUCAACUACGUCGGCCACCGAGCUCUGGCCAAAGUCAUGUGUAUCGGUCUUCCUCCUGAUGGAAAAUAUCAUAUCGACCUGAACCCUGGACAAAUCGUCUUCAGAGGCCAGUCGGUGAGAGGUACCUUGGUCAGCUCAUUGGCCGACAUUGAUGAGACACUGGACUUUGCCAAACGCGGAAAACUCCACCUCGAGCCUACGGUCGUUGGAUUGAGUCAGUGGAACGAGUCAGUCCAGAAGCUCAAGAAUGGUCAGGUUGCAGGACGAAUUGUUGUCGACUUCAACUUGCCAUGA